GGAUUGGCCGGGCAUUAGGGCUGGGGCCCUCGAUCUUCCACAAAGGGAGCCUCGCUUAAGCGACCCUCACGACGGUGCGAACCAUCCGACUUCGUGGUGAGCGUUGAACCUGCCCACAACGACAACAACCGCCGACAACAUACAUCCCAAGGGAGUAUCCUAGAGCCGUGCUCUUCCUUUCGCCGGAUAUUUUCCUUUAGAGACGACAGAGCAGGAUGUCCUCCCAAGAGCCAGUCGUCGUCAUUGACGGCAAGGGACAUCUCCUUGGUCGCCUGGCCAGCACUGUCGCUAAGCAGCUGCUCAACGGCCAGAAGAUCGUCGUUGUGAGAUGUGAAGCCCUCAACAUCUCCGGCGAGUUCUUCCGCGCGAAGUUGAAGUACCACGCCUACCUUCGCAAGAUGACCCGUUUCAACCCUACCCGCGGAGGUCCCUUCCACUUCCGUGCCCCCUCUCGCAUCUUCUACAAGGCCGUCCGUGGCAUGAUUCCCCACAAGACCGCCCGUGGUACCGCCGCCAUGGAGAGGCUGAAGGUCUUCGAGGGUGUCCCCCCUCCCUACGACAAGAAGAAGCGCGUCGUCGUUCCCCAGGCUCUGCGUGUCCUCCGCCUCCGCCCCGGCCGCAAGUACUGCACCGUCGGCCGUCUCAGCCACGAGGUUGGCUGGAAGUACCAGGAUGUUGUUGCUAGACUCGAGGAGCGCAGAAAGGUCAAGAGCAGUGCAUACUACGAGCGCAAGAAGGCCGCUCGCCGCCAACUCACCCACGCUCAGAAGUCGGCGGGUGUUAACGAGAAGACCAAGAGCCAGCUCGCUGAGUACGGAUAUUAGAUACCUAGUUGCGCGGCCGGUUGCUUGUGUCUGUGAUGGGAUGGGUUGGGAUCGCGAGCGGUUUUCUUUCAGCGGAGUGUUGGACGGCGAACCGAUCGACCUUUUUCUCACCGUCCCUACCCUGUCAUGAAAAUCCACAAUACUCAUGUUGUGACGCACAUGGGGGGCUUGGAGAGACCGAUUUCUGUUUAUAAAAAAAACUACGGAGUCGCUUGGGAUGAAAGGUUGUUCAAAAUAGCUGACCGUUAUUUCGCGCCGUGGCGGUUUAAUCCAAAGAAUUUUUCUUUCAGAGUUCAAAACAAAAAAAAUGACUCUUUACGACUUUGACUGUUACAACUUUUCCUUCUGUUCUCUUCUCUACUUCCUUGGCUGCCAUUCUCUUCGUUCACCCGACAUCAUUAAGGCCCCUGCAAGCCCAUCACGCUACCCCAUGCGACAUCUUUUCGAGUAGGGAAUUAAAAGAGGAAUCAUGCGAAGUCAAAACUGUCAAUCCACCAACCUGAUCCUCUGUGGACCAUCUCUAGCCGCCGUGCGAGCG